GCUUGUUCUCUGUGGGUUUCACCUGUAAUUAUAGACGGGUGGAGCUGAGAAACAUCAACAGAUCGACAUUCGACAAUACCUGUCCUCUCAGAGAAACAGGGGCACAGACAGUAAUGGAGUAAACCUCUUACAGGAGGCUCGUCUUCAUACAGCACACCUAAUCAUGAUGUAUUUACAGUAAACUAGCACAUAUUACAGCCUACACUGCUGGAACACACGUCAACAGCUGGACCAACCGGUUUAUACACUGAGAGAAAGAGAAAGUGUGAAAAUGAGAAGACUCUGCGGAGUGUUGAAUCUGUUCAUCUGUCUGAUUUUAUCCAGAUUCAAUGCGGUUACAUCUACCAUCUACAUUGAGAAUGGGAGAACUUUAACUUUAAAUGUGACUAUACAAGGAAACCCUGAAGAAAUCUUGUGGAAAUUCAAUGGAAACAAGCUGGCAGAGCGUGACUUGACUGAUUUUCAAGAUUAUGGUCAAUUCAAGGGACGAUCCAGGAUUAAUAUCACUUCUGGUCAGCUCACUGUUCGUAACGCGACCCGCCGUGACAGUGGCACAUAUGAGUCUGAAAUACAGAUCAGCGGAAAGCUGCAAAUGUCUAAACAUGAAGUCCGAGUCAUUGACGCAGUGCAGAAGCCGAGUGUGAGCUGUAAAGUCAACAAAACAACAGAAUCUACAACCCUGCGGUGUUCAGUGCCGGACCCACAGUCUGUGAGCUACAGAUGGACCACAGAACAAUCAGAUUCAGAUCAACACUUGGGUCCGCAGCUCCAGAUCAGCUCAGACCAGCAGUCAGACUCUGUUUAUACCUGCACCGUGAGCAAUCCUGUCAGCUGGAGUAACACCAGCGUGACCCUGAGAGCCUGCGGCACAGAUAACUCUGUUCUGAAGAACAUUCUCAUUGGACUUCUAGUCAUCACUGCUUUGAUUAUAAUGAUCGCUGUGAUUAUCUGCCUUCUACAAAGGAGCACAGGUCUCACAUAUGCAGCAAGAAAAAUACGAAUACGGAGGACCCCAAAAACAACUAACACACAUCAUGCUGAGCGUCAAGAGCAAGCCUUCGUUAACUUAAAGAAAAAAGAAAAGCAGUACAUAAAUAAUGAUGAUUAUGAUGAUGAAGAAGAAGAUGAUAAACCUGAUGAUGAACAUGAUGAAAGAUCAAAUGAAAACAGAACAAAUCAUGACAAAUCAGAACACCUCCCUCCAGCAACAGACCCUCAGGAGAGAAAAGCAGACGCUGAAGAGAGAACAGAAGAGCCGGAGAACACUGAUGCUGAAAAUACAGAGGAAACUCGUUUAGCAGAAACUACUGAAACCACUGAAGGAGCGACUGAAGCAGGAGGAGAUGCAGAGGAUGUGGACACUAAUGCAGAGGAUGGAGACUGACAGCACGACAGCAGAAAUAACUUAAACACCAACACAAUCUCUCAGGCAAAAACAUGGUGCUUCAGCAAAUAAAUCAGUGGAGGAUGAGAACUGAGGGCCAGAUUACUGAAAGGAGUCAGUUACAAUAACAAUGUGUUAAUGUAUUUACCAACAUGAACAAACAACACAUUCACAGUAUCACAUUACAUUAGUUGGAGAUUUUUACUUUGUGCAUUUACUAAUGUUAACAAGCAUGAAUUUACAUGUUAAUAGAGUAUUAGUAAAUGUUGAACUGAUUAAUAAACACUGCACAAGUAUCCUUCAUUAUUGUGAAGCAUGACCAUGGGGUUAGGAAAUCUGGUGUAUCAGGGUGUCAAUCAUUUACUAUACUCAACUAAAAAUAAAUAAUGCACAAAAGCACACACACAAUUUAAAAUGGGUGCUCAAACAAGCAAUUUCUUUUUCUCUUUUGGUGUUGCUGCCUUUGUACAUUUUAUAUUAAACAUAGCCUAAUUCAUGAAGCAGUCAUUUCACAGAACUACUGCACAUGGUUUUACUUGAUUAAAGCCUACUUGUAUUAAACAGCUAAUCAUUGGCUUCUUUAUAGUCAAGGUAGCAGUAGGGUUGAAGUAUUAGAGAUGCAGAGUAAGAUCAUCAGAAUAAAGCUGAAGGUCACACAGCAUCUUCCCUAUUAACAUGCACAUGAAGUGGAAACACAAGCUCGUGACAAGUUUUGCAGCUCGCCGUGUUGGAAUGUUCAGACUUGAAGUCUGACCUGUGAAAUCACAUCAAGAUUGCGUGAGACCAAUCCAACUCCAGCGUGACCACAGCUUAAAACAAUCCGAGUAACGUAAUCAGUGAUGUUAGUGAGUGAAGCAUCUGAAAUAAAGGACUAGAAUGCAGUCAAUAAGUUCAAGUUUAAAAAUAACAGUUCAUGACACUUCAGCAUCAAUUCUCCACUGCACAUAGUAGAUAGACAAAACAUUAUUGCUCAACUAUUUUUUUUUCUUUCACUGUUGCACGUAGUAAAUCUGACCUCAAGCGUUCCAAGUGGACUGUAAAUAACCUUCAGUUUACACCAGUACCAUUUCUCAGAUCAGUCAGCAGCAGGGUUCAUCAUGGGUUGUGUUGAAUGGACUAAACAACUGAAUGUCAAAAAAAAAAAAAAAAAAAAAAAAAAAGCAUGUGCUUGGUGAUUUUAGGCAUGUGAAAGGGUUAAUGUGAAAGAGAAGGGAACAUAUGCAGAAUAAAGAGCAAAGCUCAAACCCUGUGAAAUAUUACAAAAUAUAAAAAUGAUAAAAAAAAA